AUGGCAGAUUCGUAUUCCUUCAGAGGUGGAAGAAAGGGUGCAGGAUCCAGCAAAAGCCGUGUAAGCAAAGAACGCAGCAGGACAGAGAUGAGGGUAAAUCUGACGCCUGAGCCCCCAAAGCUGGGAAACGCAACCAGCGACAAAGCAGAAGGCAAGAAGAAAGGGCGGCCCAAGGCGGAAAACCAGGUGCUGAAAGACAUUCCUCUUCCCCUGAUGAACCGGUGGAAAGAUGAAUUCAAGGCCCACUCCAGGGUGAAGUGCCCCAACUCAGGCUGCUGGCUGGAGUUCCCCAGUAUUUAUGGCCUGAAGUACCAUUUUCAGCGCUGCCGAGGGGGGGCCAUCUCGGAGAAGUUGACUUACCCUUGCCCCUACUGCGAAGCGGCCUUCACAUCCAAAACCCAACUGGAAAAGCACCGGCUCUGGAACCACUUGGACAGGCCGCUGCCCACCAGCAAAGCAGAAAACAAAGGGCAGAAACGCAUUGGCAAGGCCAGCGGCAAGAAAAGAGUUGCUGAGAGUUCAGACUCCCACACCAUCCAUCCCAAACAGGCAAAGGUGGAGAAGACAGCUGGCCGGGAGCUCCCCGAGAACGGAGAGUGCCUGGCGAGGAGCCGGGAGAACAAAGGGUUCCAGCUCGCGGCGGCGGUGGCAGCAGCUAACCCGCCGGCCAAGGCUUCAAGCGGCAAGGUUCCCAAGCCGCAAGGGGGCACGCAGGCUCCCCACCAGGAGGAGGACCCAGAGAGGAUGAAGCACAGAAGGAAACAGAAAACGCCUAAGAAAUUUACUGGGGAGCAGCCAUCCAUCUCGGGGACCUUUGGACUGAAAGGCCUGGCAAAAGCGGAGGACAAAGCAAAGGCCCAUCGAGCCAAGAAACUCGAGGGCUCCAGCAGCAAGGAUGAGCUAAAAAAGAAGCCUCCGGGAGCUGGUGGGAAAAGGGAGGCCAUCACGCAUCUGUCAUCAGCAAACCCAGAGGAUCAGUGGCAGCGGGAGAUCAACGAGAAAGGAGAAAUUGCCUGUCCUACAUGUGGCGUUAUAACCCGGAAAACCAUUGUUGGGCUCAGAAAGCACAUGGACGUCUGUCAAAAACUGCAGGAUGCCUUGAAAUGUCAGCGCUGCAAAAAGCAGUUCAAGUCCAAAGCUGGGCUCAACUACCACACCAUGGCUGAGCACGUCAACAAGGGCUGCACGGCCAACUUCUCCAGCCUGAUGGGGUACCAGUACCACCAGAAACGGUGUGGGAAGCAGCCCUCUGAAGUGGAGAAGCCCAUAUUCAGCUGCCCACACUGCGGGAAGAAGUACAAAUCCAAGGCGGGACAUGACUACCACGUGCGGUCGGAGCACACGUCUACGCCGCUGGAAGAGCCAGAGGUCAAGCCGGAGGCCAGCCCCGUAGAAGAUUUUGAAAGGACUCCUAGUGGCAGAAUCCGGCGCACGUCAGCCCAAGUAGCCGUCUUCCACCUGCAGGAGAUCGCUGAGGAUGAGCUGGCCAAAGACUGGACCAAACGACGGAUGAAGGACGACCUGGUACCUGAAACGAAGCGCCUCAAUUACACCCGGCCGGGGCUUCCGAACUUGAAUCCGGGGCUCUUGGAAACCUGGAAGAAUGAGGUGAAGGAGAAAGGACACAUCAGCUGCCCCAAUAACAGCUGUGAAGCCAUCUAUUCCAGCGUUUCUGGCCUGAAAGCCCACCUGGCUAACUGCAACAAGGGGAACCACUCGGUUGGGAAGUACCGGUGCCUUCUCUGCCAGAAGGAGUUCAGCUCAGAAAGCGGAGUCAAGUACCACAUCCUCAAGACUCACGCUGAGAACUGGUUCCGAACCUCUUCAGAGGCAGCCCGGAAAAAAAAAAGCAGGGACCAGAUUUCCUCCAGCCAGGAGGAGAAAAAGAAAAGCACAAAUGGGAAGAAAAGAGGGAGGAAACCCAAGGAAAGGCCCCCGGAAACGUCUCCGAAAGACAGAGAGAGCACAGCAAAGACUAAUCAUAAGAAGGCCCCGGAGCACUGGGAAGGAUCCAACGGCAGUCCCGAAGGGAGGGAGAAAGGCGCCAAGCUGCCCACCAACAGGAAAGGUGGUGCCAGUAAGAUGCCUGAGAAAUAAGGGGGCCAGAGACUUACUGAGGAUUAGUUUACAGCCCAGGGUAACAGGGUGGGGCCCCUCCUGGUUUCCUCUCCCCCGCUGCCUGCUCACCCAGUUUUUCUUUUUUAAACAAAAAACCACUUUAAGAAAAUCAUGGACCUUGUUUCACACUGGAAGAAAAAAAAGAAAAAGACCGUGCGAUUGUCCAUCCGCCACCCCCGUGCCCACGCCCGGGCCCCUCGCCUCCCCGACACACGCACGCGCUUGUGCGCACACACGGGCUGCACGGC